AUGGCGAUGAGUAGAAAGUUGCCUGAUGAAAUGAUAGAAGAGAUAGUCUCCUGGAUGCCUGUAAAAUCGUGUGGUACUUCUACCGCGUAUGCCCUUGGGUAUGAUUUUGCUAGUGAUGAUUAUAAGGUUACUACUCUUUCUUGUUAUAGAGGUGUACUUGAAGGUGACCUUUUCUGUACAUUUGUGGAUGUCUACUCCACGAGAAUAGGUUUUUUGAGGAGACUUGAGAGUAUAUCUCAUAAUGGUGCAAGUCCUAUUCACGAUUUUGGGGUUUUCCUAAAUGGGACUUUGCAUUGGCUGGCUGGUAAAUAUUAUUGUUCUCCAUCUGUAAUUGUUACUGUUAAUCUAACUGAUCAGAAAUUCUUCGAGGUGCCUAUACCUACCAUUACUACAACUUCUCUUUUGUGCUUUUAUGGAAUUGUGGAUCUUAAAGGGUAUCUUUGUGUAUUGGGUAAUAGAAGAAAUGAAUAUGAAAUUGAUGUUUGGAUGGUGAAAGAAUAUGGGGUUGUGGAGUCGUGGACCAAAUUUAGUGUUGUAAAAAAUACUUUCCCUUUUUGUCCCACACCCGUGUGUUUAAUGAGUGAUGAUGACAUCAUAUUAGUUGCGCCUGGGAAAGCGAAGUUGAUUAUCUACAAUAAGAAAAAGGAACAACAAAGAGAGAUGAAUGUUGAUGGAAUAACUUCUAAGUGUAUAAGAAUUAGAACUUUCAUGGAGAGUCUUGUCUCUCCUAUGAUUGGCAAGGAAACUGAGGGUAGUGACUAUAUCGCUUGA